GCGGCCGGGCGGUGCUCUCCCGCCGCCUGAGUGGGCGCGGCGCGGGACGGCGGCGCGGGGUGCCGGGAGCCAUGGGCUAUUGCAGCGGCCGGUGCACGCUGGUGGCGGUGUGCGGCGCGCAGCUGGUUUCUGUGCUCGAGAGGCAAAUAUUUGACUUCCUUGGUUAUCAGUGGGCACCCAUCUUGGCAAAUUUCAUACACAUUAUUGUAGUCAUACUUGGCUUAUUUGGAACCAUCCAGUAUAGACCUCGUUACAUAACAGGAUAUGCUGUCUGGCUGAUCCUUUGGGUUUCAUGGAACGUGUUCGUUAUCUGCUUCUAUUUGGAGGCUGGAGACCUUUCAAAGGAAACAGAUCUCAUUCUGACAUUUAAUAUCUCAAUGCAUCGUUCAUGGUGGAUGGAGAAUGGACCAGGUUGCACCGUGACCUCAGUAACACCAGCCCCAGACUGGGCUCCAGAGGAUCAUCGUUAUAUCACUGUCUCGGGGUGUUUUCUUGAGUAUCAGUACAUAGAAGUGGCUCACAGUUCUCUUCAGAUCUUCCUUGCACUGGCAGGCUUCAUCUAUGCCUGUUAUGUUGUGAAAUGUAUUACUGAAGAAGAGGACAGCUUUGAUUUCAUAGGUGGAUUUGACUCUUACGGCUAUCAAGGCCCACAGAAGACAUCUCAUUUACAGCUACAGCCCAUGUAUAUGUCAAAGUGAAAACGGGACUGCUCAAGAUGGGCUGGAGGACCUGUCAAAGAAAAUGUUUUGGGGUUGCCCGCUGGUUCUUCAAAGAGCAAAAAAAUUCCAGUUUUUGUGCUAAAAAAAAAAAAAGGCUGAUUGAACAAUGAGACAAAAUGCAACAGAAACAUUCAGCCUCUCUUUCUAACAGGUACUAAGGAGGUGCCCCAGACCUCCUUCCUGCUUCCCAGCACCACAGGGCCAGAGCAGAGGCGCUGGUGCUUCCCUCUCGCUCCUCUGGACUGCAGCCUGAACCGCCAGUGGGGCCCAUCUGGAUUAAGACAUGAACCAAGCCAAUACAGUGCUUUUGGAGUCCCCUCCACACUCCUGGCCACAUUCAGUCUCUGUAGUCAACACAAGGCUAAGAAUACUGGGAUGACCUUGCAACAGAAGUCAAUAGACAGCACGUUGUUUGCCCUGAAGGCUGUACAGUUCAUACUUGCCUUAACCUAACUGCAUUGCACAUCAGAGAAACUCAGUGCAAGCUUUCUGAAGUAAUGUCCUUUAGGCUCAACACGCUGUCAUUAAUUCUGAACGAUUUCUAAGUCAGUAGUUUUCUUUGUUUUGUUUUGUUUUCAUGUCAGGGAAUAAGGCUCUGUUGCUCCGUGGCUCCAGAGUGACCAAGUAGAAAACUGCCAGCUGUCAGAAAGUGCUUUACUUUUGAGGCUCCACAGUGGUCAAGAAACAAACCGUUUAUAAUGAUUAAAAAAAAAAAGAAAAAAAAAAAAA